AUGAAGUUCGCCGCUGUCACCAUCCUUUCCCUCGCUGCUGGUGUCAUCGCUCAGAUUGACCCCGAGCACUGUGGCCCUAAGUACGGCAACUUGGUUUGCAAGGACAACAACUGCUGCUCUCAGUAUGGAUGGUGCGGUAGCACCAAGGACCACUGCGACGCCUCUAGCUGCUUGAAGUCCUUCUCUGCCCCCGGCUCCUCCUGCGCUCCUGAAACGACCUCCCCCGCACAAACCUUCCCUGCCUCUGUCCCCGUCAUCGAUGUCUGCGGUCACGCCCAAGGCGGCGUCACCUGCCCCGGUGCCGGAGCCAACGGCUACUUCUACCGCUGCUGCUCUUCCGCUGGCCAUUGCGGCCCCAAGAACGACAUUCAGGACCAGAGCCUUUACUGCGGUGACGGCUGUCAGGCCGGCUUCGGAAAGUGCGAUAACGAGAAGGCACCUGCUGAGCCGACAGUUGCGAGAGGUCCCGAUGCGGGUGAGGGCGAGACUUGCGGACCCAUUGUUAACAAGAAGUGCAAGAGUGGACUGUGCUGUUCUGGAUCGAACUUUUGCGGUAGCGGAGCCGAUUUCUGUGGUGCAGCGAACUGGUGCCAGAGCAAGUGGGGCAAGUGCAACUAG